AUGAAGAAACGAGGAGGACAUGGUUACUUCCCAGAUGAUUGCUGGGAACUUAUAUUCCAAAAACUUAGAGAAGACGAUGAGCGUGACUUGGAUUCGAUAUCAUUGGUCUCAAAGCGGUUCCUUUCGAUAUCUAAUCGGAUGAAGCUUAGCUUGAAUGUAAACGACGAGACAAUCCCUCUACUCCCGAAUCUUCUUCGAAGAUUUCGACACAUCGAAACCAUAGUCAUCAAGACCCAUGCCCACAAGGAGAUAGAUGGCCUUGUUUAUUAUCCGAUUGCACGGUCGUUCAUGGAUGGACUUGUUGAUUAUCCGAUUGCACGGUCGAUCAUAGAUGGACUUGUUGAUGAUGAACUAGUUGAUGAUCAGAUUGCAUGGUCGGACAUAGAUGGACUUGUUGAUGAUCAGAUUGCACAGUCGGACAUAGAUGGUCUUGUAGAUGAUCAGAUUGCACGGUCGAACAUAGAUGGACUUGUUGAUGAUCAGAUUGCACAGUCGGACAUAGAUGGACUUGUUGAUGAUCAGAUUGCACGAUCGGACAUAGAUGGACUUGUUGAUGAUCAGAUUGCACAGUUGAACAUAGAUGGACUUGUUGAUGAUGAACUUGUUGACGAUCAGAUUGCAUGGUCGGACAUAGAUGGACUUGUUGAUGACGAACUUGUUGAUGGUCAGAUUGCACAGUCGGACAUAGAUGGACUUGUUGAUAAUCAGAUUGCACAGUCAGACAUAGAUGGACUUGUUGAUGAUCAGAUUGCACGGUCCGGAUUAUUGAAUCUACGAGCAAUAAAGUUUUGGUGUUCGACAGUACCUCCACGAGAUGGUUUUAGAGCACUGGCGUUGCAUAGGAAUAUAAAGAACAAUCUGAAGGUAUUGGAUUGCUCAGGACUAAUCUCAAUGCAAGACAGCGAUUUGGUUUUGAUCGCCGAUUGUUUCCCACGGCUAGAGGAACUCAAGAUUAGUGAGGAUUCCGACAUGGUCAAUGGGGAGGUUGCAGCACGUAUAACAGAUGAUGGUGUUGAGGCACUGGCAUCAAAGCUUAAGGAAUUGAAGAAGAUUGUGGUUAAAGGUGAAGCUUGUUUCAUUACUGACAAAUCGCUCAUUUCUCUAUCCACAAAUUGUGCGAAAUUGAGGAGACUUAGUCUUGGCAUAAAUCUGCAUUCUCUCACGAGUCAAAAACUUAUUUCCGACAAGCGUAUUAUUUAUCUAGUCGCAAAAGCACGUCCUCCAUUAAAGAAGGUCAAGUUGGUUGGUUUGGGGGGCCAGUAUCCUAAAACUCAUGGGGCAGUAAAAUUGUUUUUCCAGACAUGUCAGUCGACACUUAAAGAGCUAACCCUAAGAGGGUGGCCCCUCACACAUAUAAGUGAUUUCGCUCGGUAUCUCUCUAAUCUAACUUCUAUAGAUCUUGAUGGAUGUUUUGGGUUGACUGGUGACACCUUUUACAUUCUCAUGAAAAGUUGUCCUUUAGUUGAAAUACUUACGAUGGCACAUACCAUAAGACAAGAGAUGGAUACUUUUUCUCAGGAUUACUUACAUAAAAAUUACAGUAUGCGACACCUCAAUAUCUCAAAGAAUAUGUGGUUGACUGAUACGACACUCGAGAACUUUGGGCAAGUUUGCCCAAAUCUACAAUUUCUCUCCAUAAAUGGUUGUCCGCGCCUCACCAAUCUUGGCAUUGGAGAAGUUUUGAAGAGAUGCCCUGCAAUAACACAACUGAAUAUUGAUGGUCUUACUCAGGUUUCAGAUUUUUUGAGGAGAAAUUCUGACAACUCUGUAGUGAAUUUGAAGACUUUGAAUGCUCGUGGGACACACAUUAACGAUGAAGGAUUGGCAAUGAUUGGAAAUAGGUGUCGAAAUCUCCAAUAUUUGGAUAUUGGAUUAUGCAAAGAAGUGACAGAUAAAGGGGUGAUGGAGGUGGUGACGAACUGUCAAAGACUGAGGGAUAUAAAUCUAAUUGGGUGUGAAAAAUUGAGCACCUACUCCUAUAUUUUACCUCAUGGCGUUUUCAAUGCCCCUCCCUUAGGAACAUCUAGCCACCAAGUUGGGCGACCUCUCCGCUCCGGGCAGCCUUUUGUUUCUUCGCCAAUUGAUUUUGAGUUUGAUGAAAUUUUAACAUGGUAACGGAGGUAAGCUUCCAGAGGGUGGAAGGCUUUUGGAUAAGGCUCAUUUGAUUGAUUGUCCCGUUGUUUGUGCCUUAAGCACACAUUGUUCUGUUAUGAUCGCUAUGUUAUAGAUCAUUUAUUUACCUCUCCACGUCCGGAUCAGAGGCAGCAAGUGUGAGGAUUGGAAGAACUUAUCCCA